AUGCCUACUACUAUAUACAUACAUAAGAAGUGUCCAAAAGGAGAAAACAGUGGUCACGGGACUGAAGAAUGCCCAAAACAUCACCGCCACUAUAAUGUUUCUCUAACUAAUGUAUACAAUCCCCCUGAGGAUCCAAAAUAUAGAGUAUGUAGGCGUAAGAGGAAUGGUAUAAAUAUCCAUAGCCUAAGAUAUGGUGAAAGCGAUCUUAUUGAUGCAGACGGAUCUAAACUUAUCGGUAACCGCAGGAUAAAUGAGUUAUCCGUAUACUACAGUGCAACAUAUGAUAGCGAUGAUGAGGAAAUAGAGAGACCUUUAGCAUUGAGAUUUAGGGAAUACGAAACCAAUACAUACCACUGGUAUGAAAACAAGGGAGAUCCUUCAAAUACUAUAUGGAAUGCGAUACCAGGUGAAGAACCACUUUACGGUGACGGUAAGCCAACUCCAGCAUUUAAAGGGAGGUUAGAUCAUCUAACUUGUCAACUCCAUAAUCUUUAUUCUGUCGAUAUUUUUAAGGGUAGUAAUUACCGUUGUCCUGUUUGCCACAGUGAAGAUACUAAAGUCACUGUUUAUAGGGAAAGUUUUGCUAAUGGAUAUACUAAAUACAAGCAUGAGUACAAAACUAAACCGGACUCUGUUAAGUAUAACAAUGCUAUUCUUAAAUAUAGAGACCCUGAAGAUGACAAUGGAGAAAGUACCAACGAAUACAAGCUCAUUCCACUUAGCGAGCACAUUCAUAACCUCUUCGUCUACUACUGGGACCAAGAUAGGGAGCAUAAGAGACCCCUACUUAUGGAGGUUGGUGUCUUUGGUACCAUGCCAGUUUCUCUUGGCAAUGAUGGGAAACCAUACAACAGAGAGUGGACUACGAUAGGUGAUCAUGAACCAGGAGAACCUGUAUCUGCAGACACUCUUCAUGAACAAAAGUGCAGACUUUUCAGACCUGUAGAUAUAAACAUCUCUGAGAAAGGACCAUAUGCUAACAAGUAUUGCGAAGAGAGAAGCUCUAAGAGGGGAGGAUGUCCUCAGACUAUAGAAGUUACUAAUUACCCUAUAUCUAGCUUAAAAAACUAUACUGCCAAGAAGCACACCUAUGGCGGGGAAGGAGAUAAUAAGAAUUUUACCGUCACUGAUUUCAAAGGUGGUCCCAAGGUACCCUUUCCAAUAUUUGAUGUUACGGAAGUGGUGGUCUUCCUUACAGAGUGUAAUCAACCUCUCCUGGUCUAUGUUAAGAGUAGUGAUGAUGGAAAGACUCAUAAGUGGUAUAGUAGGGCAAAGAAAGAUAAUGGUGCUAAUAGAUGGGAAGAGAAUACUGAGCUUAAAGGUAGGGAUCCACAUGAAGUUUCUAAGGAUGAUACCCUUAAAACUGCUCUGGAAGGUAUUAAGAGUGGAUUAGAACUUGGUUGUUCGGAUGAGCAGAAACAGAAACUAAAUAAGGCUAAAGCGCAACCUCCUCCGGUUGCUAAAGUUAGAGCUACAGCUAAAGAAUGCACUAUUGAAAAACUAUUGGAAAAGGCUGUAGGAGAUAUAGUUUCUCUACUAGAUGAUUCAGCUGCACUUGGUACAUUUGGGUUAGGCGCAGCUCUUGCGUUUUCAGACGCUCUUCUUACUAGCAAAGGAUCUAAAGAUAUUGGUGAAAAAGAACCUGAAACUCCUCCUUUUGCUGAAAAACUAAGAUCUCAAGCUGAAUCUUCUGAGGAAAGAGAGAGUGAAAAUGGUUCUAGAGGUAUUGGUGGACAUGCCAGUAGAGAAGCUAAAUCUACUACCCGAGGGGAUUCUUAUCCUGGACCUUUAUCUCCACCACCUCCAAUUCCUCCUACUCCAUCGGUAACUUAUUCGGAGACUUACAUUGAGGAACAUGGUAACACUAUAAAACAUAAUAUGUAUGGAAAUUUUGUUGAGGAAUAUUAUAAUACUGUGGAACCGAAUCUACAUGGAUAUAGCCCUGCUUUUGAAAUUGAUGAGACGGAUCCUCCUGUUACUACCGUUGAAAUUAAUGAGAAAGCUGAAGUUAUUGUUCCAAUCGACGUAUCCUACCCUCCAAAAACUGUUUCUACUCCUCCUGGAUUAGAAGACCCUUUUGCUGGACAUGCUCCUAAAGGCUAUUCUAUUCCUCCAGACCAUCAAGAACAUGCUGAUUCUACUUCUACUGGAGAUAUCGAACAAAGAAAAACACCUAAAGAGGCUGGAGGAGAGCAAGAUGGAGAACCACAGUCGCAAGUAUAA